AAUAUAUAAGCCAAAACAGACAAAAACAUAAAAACAAAUCUCAGAGAUCUGUAACAAGUUGUGGCUGAGAUCCAUUUACACGGCAAAACUACUUCGCCCAUUAACACUUGUUGUUCAUAGUCUCCAUCCGGCCUUCCGAAUCACUAGAGAAAAUCGCCCAGAAAAUCCAUUUCUGCAACACCUUCGAGUAUACUACGGUUGGUUUUUUGGUUUCAUGCAAUAUUUAGCCGAAUUGCACCGCGGAUUAUAGGCAUACAUAUAUAGUGGGAAUUAUCCCUUUUUUUGGCUAGGAAUUUGGAAUUCAUGCUUGCUGUGUCACCUUUGAGGAACACCAAGGAUGAGAACCAAGGAGAGAUGGAGAGCUUUUCAGUUUGUGGCAAUGACUUCCAGGAUUUCUCCGAUGGGAACUUGCUGGACAGCAUCGAUUUCGAUGAUCUUUUCAACGACGAAGACGUGUUGCCGGAUUUGGAAAUGGACCCGGAAAUGCUCGCUGAAUUUUCCGUUAGCGGGGGUGAGGAAUCCGAGAUGAACACAUCGACAUCUGUGGAAAAAUUAGAGGAUAAUACCAAAAAAGAGGAGGACGAUAAAGUUUCGGGUUUGAACUCUAGCCCAAGUAAUCGAGGAGAAGAAAUUGUGAGCAAAAGAGAUGAAUCUGUUGUGAUGAACCCACCCCCAAAGGAAGCCGAUAAAGGCAGAAAAUCAUCUAAACAGUCGAAGAACUCUCAAGGGAAGCGCAAAGUAAAGGUGGAUUGGACCCCAGAGCUGCACAGACGGUUUGUGCAAGCUGUGGAGCAGCUAGGUGUGGAUAAGGCAGUGCCUUCGAGGAUUUUAGAGCUUAUGGGAAUCGAUUGUCUCACUCGCCACAACAUAGCCAGCCACCUUCAAAAAUAUCGCUCACAUCGGAAACAUCUGCUAGCGCGUGAAGCAGAAGCGGCAAAUUGGAGCCAGAGACGGCAGAUGUAUGGAGCAGUUGCAGGUGGAGGAGGGAAGAGAUCAGAGAUGAGUAGUAGUCCUUGGCAGAUAGUACCGACCAUGGGUUUCCCUCCCAUAACACCCAUGCACCACUUUAGACCCUUACACGUGUGGGGUCAUCCCUCCAUGGAUCAUACCUUGAUGCCCAUGUGGCCUAAACAUCUUUCCCAUUCUCCAUCUUCGCCGCCGCCUCCACCGCGUGCAUGGGCACCUGUUCCGCCGCCGCCGCCCCCAGACCCUUCAUUCUGGCACCCUCACCACCAGCGUAUUCCGAAUGGACUAACCCCAGGAACGCCUUGCUUUCCACAGCCACUUCCAACUUCGAGAUUUGCCUCUCCACCUGUCCCGGGCAUCCCACCUCAUGCCAUGUACAAAGCAGACCUCGGCAUUGGUGUCCCGACUGGACAAACAGGCCCCAACCCCGUUCUCGACUUUCAUCCGACAAAGGAGAGCAUAGAUGCAGCUAUUGGAGACGUUAUAUCAAAACCAUGGCUGCCACUCCCUCUUGGCCUAAAACCUCCAGGUCUUGAUAGCGUGAUGGUGGAACUGCAAAGACAGGGAAUUCCUAAGAUACCACCUUCUUAUGCUUCUUGAUCGGCUGAUAUUAUAAGAACAUCCAUCCAAAAGGACGUUCAGAUCUGAUUUCCAGGCCUCAGACGAAACCCCCCCCCCCGAAUUCGACGACAUUUCCUGCAUUAGAUGUAUGCAUCAAAGUGAGAGGUUUUUGGCUUUUUCUUCCUUCUUUUUGCAUGAGUCCGAUCUCUACCAAAUUCGAGUAUGUAUUUUUCCCUUGUCCUUGUACUCUAGAAGUUCCAUAACAGUUUUUUAUAUCAGCUUAUCUACGUACUAUGAUAUAUAAUAUUAAUAAAGCUAGCCAUAUAGCCAUCAUCUUUUUUAUUUUUGUUAA